AUGAGGCUGCAGUGGCGAUUUCUGAUUAUUUUGGCGGCCCUGUUUUCUCCGACAUGGGCUGAAGAUCCGCCAAGAAUUACACUUGCUCCAACCAAUCAAAAGGUGGCUGAAGAAAAAAUCGUAAGCUUUUUCUGUAAAGCCUCAGGGAAUCCUGGCCCAUCUUUUUCUUGGAAAAAAGGUUCUCGGCGCAUUACUACAAAUAGAAACCGUUUAGUUAUUAAGGAAAUGCCCCAUGGGUCAGUAUUGCGAAUUGAGCCUGUUAAACAAAAGGAUCUUGGUGUCUAUGAAUGUAUUGCUGAUAAUGGUGUAGGAACAAAAGCAAGAGCUAAUGCUAGUUUGCAUGUCUACCCGAAAACAGGAAUACCAGAAGGAUACCCAAGAAUCACCAUACAUCCAUCACUGAAGGCUGUUGAAAAAGACAGAAACACAGUCUUACAAUGUGGCGCAACUGGAAUCCCAGAGCCAAAAAUAACUUGGCUGCGUGAUUUCAUCCCUGUUGAUCUCAGCAACCCACGUUUGACCCUCUUGGAAUCAGGAGCCCUUCAGAUUGAGCGCAGUCAAGAAUCAGACGUUGGCAAGUAUGAAUGUGUUGCUGAAAAUGAAAAAGGCGUUGACUAUUCCUAUGCUGCAAAUCUCUACGUCAAAGUGCGCCGUGUGCCGCCACAUUUCUCUAUGGCACCUGAAAAUGUGGAUGUGCAACCAGGAGCCGAUGUCAAUCUCACAUGUGUGGCAGUCGGCUCCCCAAUGCCACAGCACCAGUCAACAAUCACAAGGAGGAUGGAGGAGAAACAGUCAUACUGGCUCUGUUUCUUCACGCUAGCCGUGGUCACCUCCAUGGUUUCUGCUGCAGUUCCAUCAGCACCUGUGAAACUUACCAUAUCUCACAUAAAGCCUAAAUCAGUUCAACUAACUUGGGAUAAAUCUAAUUCAGAUGAUGUCUUAUCUUAUAUCAUACAAUACAGGCCAUAUAGUGAUGAAAGCAAGGAAUUUAAAGAAAUUUCAGGUAUUACAAAAACAAGGGGAUAUAAAGUCCAUCCCCUUGAGCCUUAUACAAGGUAUGAAUUCCGUGUUAUAGCUGUUAAUAAGUAUGGACGUAGUCCACCUAGUGAAACUGUACAGGAAUUAACAGCUCCUCAAGAUCCCAACUCAAUCGGUUCAGGUCAGGGCUAUACACAGGCCACGGAUGCAGAGAAACGAAACAAGGCUGCAGCUUCACCUGCAGACAAUGGCGGCAAAUCACCUGGGACAGCUCCUAGAAAUUUACGUGGAAAAGCUGCCAGUGCUACUACUAUAGCAUUGCUAUGGGAUGAACCAGAGAUCCCUAAUGGUAUUAUUAAAGGAUACAAAAUUUUCUACACUAUGAAUCCAGACUUACCUAUCAUCUUAUGGGAUCAUAAGACUCACACUGAUAGUCAGAAACGGGUGGCUACCCUUACCAAUCUGAAAACUAACAGCACGUACACUAUAAACAUUUUAGCAUUCUCUAGUGCUGGACAAGGUCCUCUCUCAGAUGAAAUCCAAGUGAUGACAAACCCUGGAGAUUCAUUAUGUUUUGGCUCUGUUCUCUCUCUACACAAUUCCAUCUAUCCAUUUCAUUUUUAUAGUCUACAACCUUUUUCCCUCUUCCUCAGUUCUCUGUCUUGCCAUGACUUGUUCACUAUCACUCUCAACAUCCUUAUUUUGUUCACAUUGUCCUUCUUCAGCAUUUUUUUUAUCUUAUGCACUUAUCUUUUCUACUAUGUUGUUCACUCUGCACCUUUUCUUCCUUCUGUUUACAGCUUUAUUAUGUUUACUCUAUCUUCAUCAUUACUUCUCUCUCUUUGCUCUCCAUGUUUUCUCAUCCCUGUCCCACUUUAUACACUUGUUAGCUCUUCUUAUCUCUCUUUAUCUCUCAUCAUCAUCUUUUUUCUUUUGUUUACUCUUUUCAUCUUGUUUUUCUUUGCUCUCUCUUCAUUUUUCCUUGCUCUCCCUUCAUCUUUUCUAGUCUCUCCUUGCUCAAUAUUUUCUUGCUUCUUCUUGCUCUCUCUUCAUUGUCUCUUGUCUCUCCAUGCCUUUCUUCAUCUUCUUGUCCCUCCAUAUUUUCUCUCUCUUUUCAUCUUCUCUUGUCUUUCCUUGUUCUCUCUUCUAGUUUCUUCUUGCCCUCGCAUCACCUUUCCUUGUUCUCCCUUCUUGUCUCUCCUUGCUCUCUCUUCAUCUUUUCUUCAAUGUUUACUCUCUCUUCAUCUUUCUUAA